AAGGUAACACUUGCCAAACACGCCAGUAUUUUCCCUUCUUUAUACAAAAACCAGAGCCGCCCAUAUUUGUUGACGACUUCCCAUUUCGAUUCCCUUUCAAACCUGCAAUUACUUACCAAAACAACAAACAAACGCACACCCACGAACUCGUUUUCCGAUGGCAGCCGAGAACGGUAGAGGAACCGUUGAACCCGAGAAGCAAAGCCUCCUCAAUCACCACAAGGAGAAACACUUCACCGCCGGAGAGAUCGUCCGUGACAUCAUCAUCGGUGUUUCCGAUGGUUUAACCGUGCCAUUUGCUCUCGCCGCCGGAUUAUCCGGCGCCAACGCUAGUUCUUCAAUUGUUAUCACCGCCGGCAUCGCCGAAGUUGCCGCGGGAGCCAUCUCCAUGGGACUCGGCGGGUACCUCGCGGCUAAAAGUGAAGCCGAUCAUUACGCAAGGGAGUUGAAAAGAGAGCAAGAAGAAAUCAUCAGUGUGCCUGAUACUGAGGCUGCUGAAGUGGCGGAGAUACUGGCGGAGUAUGGCGUAGAACCACACGAAUAUGCACCGGUGGUAAAUGCUCUAAGAAAAAGGCCUCGGGCUUGGCUUGAUUUCAUGAUGAAGUUUGAGCUGGGAUUAGAGAAGCCAGAUCCAAGGAGAGCACUGCAAAGCGCAUUCAACAUUGCCAUUGCAUACAUAUUUGGUGGAUUGGUGCCACUCCUUCCCUACAUGUUCAUCCCAAGAGCCAAGGAUGCUGUGGUUGCAUCGGUGGUCAUCACCAUAGCUGCACUCCUCAUCUUCGGUUACGCCAAAGGUUACUUCACCGGAAACAAACCGGUUAAAAGCGCUCUCCAAACCGCGCUCAUCGGUGCCAUUGCAUCCGCCGCCGCUUUCGGCAUAGCUAAGGUUAUCCAUCCUUAGUUCUUAUUCACUAAUGUCUGAAGAACCAGAUAGUUUAUAAUGCAGGGUUUGAUGAGAACAGAACAUCUGGGUUUCCUUUGAUCCGUUUAAUGUUGGUAUUUAGAUUUAAAUCCCACAUCCUCA